UCCACAGUUGAACAAACUGGUGAAGCUGUUGUAAGUGAUACCAUUGGUGACACUGUAAACAAGCCUAAAGGAUUGGCUGGGCCACCUCCCCCAGCUAAGCCUAAGCCAACAACUCUUCCUAAACCUGCUGUUGCAGCUAAACCAUCAGUAUCAGCCAAGCCUACUAUCAUAAAACCAUUACUUCCAUCUAGAUCUGAUCUUGAACAAGAUAAACCUGUUGCUGCUAAUGAUUAUAUAGCUGAUAACAGUAAAGCUGAUGAAUUUAGGUCAAAGGUUAAUCAAAAUGCAGAUUCAGGGACAGUGAAGCCUUUGUCACAUAAACGGCCAACAAUCAUCAGACCGACUAGAGUGGUUGGUUCAGGUAGUCUUGAAAACAUAAACAAUAGUGCAGACAAACAAGCAGAAACAAAGUCUAAAGAUGAUACCUUUAGUGCUAGUCAUGAACAAACUUUGCAACCAAGACUAUUACCAGCCAAAAGGCCAGCUUCUAUGGUGAACAUCCCAAAGAAUCUUGAACUUGAACUAGCAAAUAACAAUCUUCCUAAAGCAAACACAGCAAGGUCUUCAGAGAAUGUUUCUAGUACUGGUGAAAACUUUACAGCAAUGAGUCUGCCGAAACCUUCUCCUAGACCAGCAGCUAGAAGCCGACCAGCUUCAAUGAUGGUACAACCAGUGUCUAAACCACCACCUCCAUCUCUCGGCCCUAGUUUGGAUGACUCCAGUGUGAAGAUGAAAUCCCAAGGUCCACCUAGCAGACCUGCAUUUAAACCAUCAAGACCUGCACCCCAUAUUAAACAAACACAUGAUAGUACAGAACAAUCUACUGAAAAGUCCCAAGAUGCACCAGACAGGAAGCCUUUCCACCAACGUAUUGGAGUGUCUGUGAUGCCUCGUCCACCAGCUCCAGCUAGGCAGCAGAAAGCUGAAGACACAGACUCAUCGGAGGAGGAAGAGUUCUUCAAUGCUCAGGAGAAACCUGACAGACCUCCAGGUCCGAAUCCAAAUCGCCCAGCUCCAGCUAAACCCAGCCCUCCCUCACCAAAGAAAGCUGACAAAGGCUCACCAGAGACUAGAGAAGUACAGAAGCGCCCCCCAAGGCCAGGUGACAGGCCAAGCCAACCUCCUUCUUCACCUUCAAAGGGUGAGAUUGCAUCUAAGACCAAGCCACCACGGAGUCGUGCCCCCAAUGUGAAGGAAGCAAGGCCUGCCUUACCCUCCCGACCAGGCCCAGGUCACCCCCUGUACUUCCACAUGAUGCAGACACCACAUGCCAUUGCUCUCCAUGACUACACUGCACAGGCUGCGGACGAACUCAGCUUUAUGGCAGGUGAUGUGGUACUGCUGUCUCUGGGUGUUGAUGACGACUGGCUUGCUGGCAGUGUGGAUGAGAAGGAAGGGAUCUUCCCACGGGCAUUUGUCAAGGUCAAGAUGCCUUUGUCUGGAGAGACAUUAGAUGAUGAGGAAGUAUCCCAAGAUUCCGUAGAUCUUUAUGAGGACGCAAGCCCAGAGAAACCUGAUACUCUUGGUGUGGGACCACGAUGUCGGGCGAGGUUUGACUUUGAUGGGGAUGGACCUGAUGACCUUGUGUUUGAAGAUGGUGAUGUAAUCAGGUUGUUAGAGAGAGUAGGUCCAGAGUGGCUAAGAGGGGAGUUGAAUGGCAAAAAUGGGUUGUUUCCCCUGGCAUUCGUGGAGACGAUUGAGGAUUUGCCAUCACAGGGGGAUACCAAGACAGACUCUGGGAACAUGGUCAAGGCGGUGUUUGACUUUGAUGGUGAACAUGGGGAACUCUGCUUCCAGGCUGGUGAUAGUGUGAAGGUCACCCAUAUUGUCAACGAGGAGUGGCUGUUUGGGGAGAAGGGGCCACACAAGGGUCAGUUUCCUGUGCAGUUUGUGGACUAUGUGCCCCCUGGGCUACCUCCCCUUGACCCACAUCACAAUAGCAACCAGGGGCUUCCGACAGGGGAACAGUCGUUAGAUAGGAUACCUCAUUCUCUGGCCACAUGGGAUGACGAACCAGAUAAGUCACCAUCUCCAAGACAAACACUUUCAAAAGCUUCAAACCCUAAUCCAACAACUGCUCACUCUGACAAUACAACCACCCGAAUAACCAAAACACCAAGUCCACAACAUACAGGCACCAUACAGCACUGUGUGGCCCUGUAUGACUACUCCGCACAGACCCCUGAUGACUUGGAGUUCAGCACAGGAGACCAUAUCGAAAUUGUGGAACAAGUUGGGGAGGAGUGGGCAAAGGGCCGCAUAGGGGAGAGGGUUGGUUUGUUCCCCAUGGCCUUUGUGGAAAUACAGGCAGGAGGGGCUAAUUCAGGUACUAUAUCCUCAAAGACAAGUCUACACACUUCCCCAUCUGAGACUGAGGGAACCCCAGGUUUGGCAUUGUAUGAGUUUCUAGGAGAGGAGCAAAACGAACUGACAUUUCAUGAGGGGGACACAGUUCUAGUCCAGGGACCUGUAGAUGGCGCUCCAGAGUGGAGCUGGGGGGUGGUUGAUGGCAAGAGGGGCAUGUUUCCUUCUGCAUAUGUCCAGCUUUAGCCAUGAAAUAGGGAGGUUUUUCAGCUCUCUGGAUCACAUAACCUGAAUCUAGCUGUACUCAUAAGCAGGUGCAAAAUGGCUGCUGUAAGGUAUGGAUUGCUAUGUAAGGAGGGAUUGAAGUCCAUGUUUAUUUCAUUUAUCAUCUUGAUCCUGUUGUGAGAUUUGCUUGUUUAUGUAUUAAGCAAUACUCAGUAAACAGAUGUCAAUUUAAACAAAUUUAAUGUUAACCUUCUACUCAAGUUUCUCAUUUGCCAUUUAGUCUUCCAUUUACAAUACUGUUAUUUGUUUUAUUUUGCUGUUAUGGAUUUGACUGUGUAACUAUUUAUAAUGAUUUUUUUUGUAUGAUAAUCGUGCCAUUGUGAUCAAUAUUUUUCUUAUAGUUUAGCUUAAUAACAGUUGAUGUUAGUUUGUCUUGAGUGCCUAUAUUUUUGGAGAAUCCAAUGCCACUGAGCCACCCAACUUGAUUACAAUGCAUAUUGGCUUAAUUUCUGAAAUUAUUUUGAUAAUUGGCAAAAUGCCCUAGGUACUCCAGAGUUAUGGCUCUUGAAUUAGCACUUUCAUCAUUACCACUAUCUUUUUUUUGGCCUAAAUAAAUGUGUAGGUUUUUACUAAAAUCAGUUCUCGUGUAUAUGUCAUUAAAAACAUAAUGUAGUGUUAGGCUUUGAAUUGUUUCUGUUUUUUUGUUUUUGUUUUUUUUAUUCGUGUCAUUGUUGAGUGUAGAAUACCCUGUCUUGCUGUGAUCUUGAUACUAUUGUGAUGGCAUUAAGUAAUUCCUAAAAAUUUAAAAAUAAUUUGAUCUUGGUUUUGUGUGUAAACAACAAACUCUCAUCAUUGAAGUAUUUUUUUGGAAACUAUUUUGUUUUAAUUUAGUUUACAUUUAAAUUUAAAAUGUGGUAAUUUUAUGUGAUAGAUCUUUAGGUUAGACUCAAAUAAGAUUCUUUUAUACAUAGUUUUUUCUAUUAGGCCAAUAUAAAUUAAUUACUAGAUUUUCAUCCCCCUUUUUUUAAUGGGGGCAUGGGGUGACAUUUUCUUUGUGUGUUUUACCGUUGAAUAUGUGUUCAUGCUCUUUCUAAUUUAAUACGGGACUGUAUACUUGUGUUUCUAGAUGAACUACAAACAUGAUUUAAUUCUCCCUUUUUACAUGUAAAUGUUAUACUUCAACACUAUAGAUAUAAUUAAACAACAUGCCUGGACAAUACCGGACAAAUACGCAAAUGUAGACCCUAGUUUAAUAUUUUUAUUUGAGUAUAUAUAUUUUAAGGGGCAGCAAAACAAAGGAGCAAUUCAGCAGGGAUGAAAAUCUAGCAAAUAAUUUAUUUUAUAGUCUCCUUAAAUUGACGAGAGAUUGUCUAUUUUGUUAUCAUGUGUAAUGAUUAUGAUGCUAUUGUCUGUGAUGAGUACAGAUUUUAUGUGACUAUUUUAUCAGUUUAUAUUGUUAGCGUGGUCUGACAAUCAUUUGUGCAAUAUUUUAUCAUGUGUAUUUGUAUAGUCUGUAAUGUUUAAGUGUGAAGGGAGACAUCCAAACUGUGUGUUCAUGUAGUCAUAAUGCCAAAAACUGUUUAGGCCCAAAAAACGUUAGAUUAUUAGACAUUGACAUAAUUGGUUAAGUACUGGAAAGAAUAUAGUUUUCAGAUUCAGACUAUAUCCUUGCUAUACACUGUGCAAUUCUUUAAUAACCUGGUACAUAUUUUACGCAUAUAUAGGCGAUAUGUUGCAGGCAAGACCCAUAUCCCCCCAUCCCCCCUUGGUCAUAACUAACAAACUUUUAGAAAUAAUAUGGAAGUUAUUACACAUGGUCACUUUUAUGACAAUAUGCAUGUGUGUACAGCAAGUCACAAGCUCACAGAAGUUGCUUAAAUAUUGAUAAAAUGAAAAAAAUGAACGAGCGUUAGUUUCCUUGUCGUGUGGUGCUUUUUUUCCACCUUCUUUAUGCUCACUAUUUCAAUAAUGGAAAAAAUAAUGAUAAUAAUAAUUUGAAGUUUUUUUCCUUAUGCAAAUAGAUCAUCGAUCUUGGGCACUGGCAGUACAACAUCUACUACAUUUUGAUGCGUUGAAGAACCAGUAAUGUAGAAUUGUAAAAUUUGAAACUCAAAACUUUCCAGGGCUCAUUGGUAUAACAUGUGGACAAUCUAAUAAAUAUAAUUAAAGACAUGUAACAAACAAUUAAAAGACAUAAUUGCAUGGUGCAAGAUUGACACGAAAUCGAGAUGCAUAAUCACUCUAGACUGCACCAUAGUGUUUUAGAGAAGAAUGAUAGAAUGAAUGUCAAACAAAAUUAUAUACAAGAUGUUACUUAAAGAAAAUAAGGAAAAAACAGAAAACAUUUUUGAAGAAAAAAAAGGAAAUAAGAAUAUAUUUCAUGUUCUACUGAUGACACAGAGUUAUGUCCAUAUUUCAGAAUGAAAUUAGAAAUACUUUUCUCUUCUUUGCUAAAAGAAGGCCUGACGGCUAAACAAUUUCAUAUGUUUCAGGGCUUGAAUUUAACUUUUUUUUAAACUCACAAAUUUUUGCGAGUGCUUAAAUUUUCAACUCGCAAAACCAGACACUCACUCGCAUUUUUUUUCAGGCAAACCAUUGUGUUUGCUAGGAAAAUAUAUAUAUUGUAUGGAAAACAAUGGUUAAAGGUAUAGUGUAACUGUUUUAAUGAAUGAUCUUGUAAAUUUUCAUUAUUGAUUAAACGAUAUCAUUAUAAAUGUAACACUGACAAUACGUUCUGAGGAAGCCUGAUCAGGCCAGUAUUGGUCUGUUUAAUGUUCAACUUCCUCUUCCACAUUGAAACAGUUUUAACGGACGGAUUAUUUCAUUUUGGAUUCUUUUUUGGAACUGAUUGAUCAUUGCCAUCAGCCGUCGGCAAUUUUAAAAUGAACAUGCGUAUUUGUUUGCUUGUCAUCAUUUUAUAGACUGUAUCUCAAUACGAUUAUCACUAAAAAUAGCCGCCAAAAGUUUAAACGAAAGACCAGUCUACAAAAAUACAGAGUAACGAGUACCUGCCACAUUGUAACGAGAACCUGCCUGUGCGCAUAAUGUUAGUCUACAUCAUCAGUUUCUGUGUGAUUAUCGGAAAACGAAAGUAGGUAUUUUUAAAAUUAAUUUUAUAUCUGUUGUGCAGGAAUUGAUCACCGAUUAUUUUCAUAUCUAUUUCAAUGAUUGCAUAUUUUCUGCAAAUAUUGAACUCGCAAAUUUUUGCGAGUGUCUUUAAAUUCAACUCGCAUUUUCAAAUUUUGGCUCGCAUUUUGCGAGCGUGCGAGUGCUAAUUUCGAGCCCUGAUGUUUGCCAUCACCUUUUGAAUUGUGGAGGACCUGUUUCUGGUCAAAUUAGAUCAUUUAUUGGUCCAAGAGAAGAUCUUCCUUUUCACCCUGCGACUAGACAGGAGACGAUGUUGAUUGUCUUAUGGACAUGUCUCCAGAACAGUCUUUCCAAAUUGACCCUCUUGUCGUACGUUUGGAAUCUGUUUGUUUUCCUCUUUAUUGUACAGAUUGUUGUUGUAUUUGUCUCUCGAGAUUUUCGAGGGAUUGGAGGUGAUGAUGACCUUAAAGGGUGAAUGCCCCCCAUCUUUCAGUUUCCUCUUGUAUGUGUUGGUCUGUUCGGGUUGUUCUGAGUUCACCAUUUCCCUAAUGCUACCAAAAUUCAAUAACUGGGCGUUUGUGUAAAUGAGGCCAAAACCAAGGAUUUGGCGUGUUUGCUUGCCUUUGAACAUAGUGUAAGGGUAGCUUUUUGGGCCUCUGUAUUAAGAUUCCAUGAUGUGGUCCCCUUCAUCUAACUCUUCAGUAAGCUCACCUGUACUACAGAUAAACAGAAAACGGUAUACUUAAAGAAAACAAAUCAUUGUCUUUGAUCUUAAUUUUUUGUUUUUUAUAUUUACAAAAACGAUUUAAUUUCUUUAACAUGAGUCAUGAAUGUAAGCUGAUGGCAUGAUCAAUAAACAUGGCACUGAACAGCCCCUGUUUUUGAAAAGCCAUAUUACUUGUUAUGCGUGUGUUAUGUGUGUGUUACUGAUUACUUGUUGGCAGUAUUCGGACAAACAUCAACUAAAUAGUAGUUGCUUUAUUACCCUUUGGACCCCUUCCUUCUUUACAACAGGUCUGCUUGUCUCUGGAACUUCAGGCUCCAUGAUGGCAGUUUUAAUAUGCCUCCCAAACAACUAAGGCACUGACCUGUCGAGAAGGGCAGGUUCAUAUGUAAGCCUAAAUCUCGAGUUAGUCCUCGUUGUUAGCGUAAAACAAUCCCAAUCUAAAUGUUGAGGGCAAACCAACUGUGCAGAAGCUGUUGAGUUUUUGGAAGAGCCUUUCCAUGCACCGCCCUUAGAACAUUUACCGCCAGUGAAUUGGAUGCUCUUAACCCACUUUCUACUUAAAUCAUCGCCUUUAGGAAAGCAAUGGAGGCUUACAUUAUUCCCUCAUUUGUUACUGCAUCCUCUGACACAGCAACGAGAGCCACUCAUAACAAAAACUUUGUAUUCUUCACUAAAUCUAACGAUCCCCUGCUUUGUGAAGUAAACUGAUGGAGGACAUUGAGUGAUGUCAUAUUACGGAAUUGACCGAAGGUUGGCGAGGCUAAUCAAUACGCCUGUCAAGGCAAAAGGUGUGAUAAGCGCUUGUGAUUAAUCGAGUUUAACAUCGUAAUGUAAGAGUUUUGACAAAUUUUUCUUCGAGUUUCAUAUUUAAGCAUUGUUUUAUUAAUAUCAAUUUAUCAAUCAAUUUAACCUUUAAGACAUAGAAAGGAAUUGUUAUAAGAGAUCUGAGGCCACUGCUAGAAAUACGAUAUCAAAGAAAUUGAAAUUCAUGGCUCACGUUUUCAAGGUGUAACAAUGAGUAACACUCUUUCCAAAAUGACUCUCUUGUUGGACACAACCCUAUACUGUUUGUUUUCCUCUUUGUUGUACAGAUUGUUCUUGUAUUUGUCUCUAUAUAUAUAAGCUUAUGACUGACACAGACAGGAUGACGGACAGUUAAAGCCUAUUACUGACACAGACUGGAUGACAGACAGUGAAAGCCUAUUACUGACACAGACUGGAUGACAGACAGUGAAAGCCUAUGACUGACACAGACAGGAUGACGGACAGUUGAAGCCUAUUACUGACACAGACUGGAUGACAGACAGUGAAAGCCUAUUACUGACACAGACUGGAUGACAGACAGUGAAAGCCUAUGACUGACACAGACUGGAUGACGGACAGUUAAAGCCUAUGACUGACACAGACUAAAUGUCUCCCUGCUGAUAAGCCUGAUGCUAAAAUGAGGUAUUUUGUACAAUGUAUUGUAUUUGUGUUGUUUUGAAAAAAAAAAAGCUUUGUAUGUUUAAUUGAUAUGAUUAUAAUGGUAAUAAUUGAAUGUUAUUCCAAUUGCAUACAUUUUUUUACAUGUUAGAAAAUUUAUGUUAUCUGUCAAGACAAAAAUAUAACCCUUACCCUUAUUGUAUUUUUGUUCAUUUUAUUUUGAUGUUUAUUAUAAUUAAAAAAAAAAAUCUCUUCAUCGAAAGUUGUUUUGAUCACAUAUCUUUAAAAUUUUGUGAAGUCUAAUAUAAUUUGAAUUGAUAUUAUGAUAAGAUUGUGAUAUUAAAUUAAAAAUGUUUUUUUUAUGCCCCCGAAGGUGGGCAUAUUAAAAUCGCACCGUCCGUCCGGCUCUGUAACUUUCCCUUGUAUGGACAGAUUUUAAAAUAACUUGCCACAUGUGUUCCACAUACCAAGACGACGUGUGGCGUGCAAGACUCGUGUCCCUACCUCAAAGGUCAAGGUCACACUUAGUGUUUAUUCACAAUGGAGUGCUGCAUAUAAGGACAUAGAGUAUAGGUUGUCGUGUCCGGGCUGUAACUUUCUCUUGUAUGGACAGAUUUUAAAAUAACUUGCCACAUGUGUACCACAUACCAAGACGACGUGUCGCCUGCAAGACCCGUGUCCCUACCUCAAAGGUCAAGGUCACACUUAGUGUUUAUUCACAAUAGAGUGCUGCAUAUAAGGACAUAGAGUAUAGGUUGUCGUGUCCGGGCUGUAACUUUCUCUUGAAUGGUACGAUUUUAAAAUAACUUGCCACAUGUGUUCCACAUACCAAGACGAUGUGUCGCCUGCAAGACCCGUGUCCCUACCUCAAAGGUCAAGGUCACACUUAGUGUUUAUUCACAAUGGAGUGCUGCAUAUAAGGAGAUAGAGUAUAGGUUGUCGUGUCCGGGCUGUUACUUUCUCUUUUAUGGACAGAUUUUAAAAUAACUUGCCACAUGUGUUCCACAUACCAAGACGACGUGUCGCGUGCAAGACCCGUGUCCCUACCUCAAAGGUCAAGGUCACACUUAGUGUUUAUUUACAAUGGAGUGCUGCAUAUAAGGACAUAGAGUAUAGGUUGUCCUGUCUGGGCUGUAACUUUCCCUUGUAUGGACAGAUUUUAAAAUAACUUGCCACAUGUGUUCCAUAUACCAAGAUGACGUGUCGCGUGCAAAACCCGUGUCCCUACCUCAAAGGUCAAGGUCACACUUAGUGUUUAUUCACAAUGGAGUGCUGCAUAUAAGGACAUAGAGUAUAGGUUGUCGUGUCCGGGCUGUAACUUUCCCUUGUAUGGACAGAUUUUAAAAUAACUUGCCACAUGUGUUCCACAUACCAAGACGACGUGUCCCGUGCAAGACCCGUGUCCCUACCUCAAAGGUCAAGGUCACACUUAGUGUUUUUUCACAAUGGAGUGCUGCAUACAAGGACAUAGGGUAUAGGUUGUCGUGUCCGGGCUGUAACUUUCCCUUGUAAGGACAGAUUUUAAAAUAACUUGCUACAUGUGUUCCACAUACGAAGACGACGUGUCCUGUGCAAGACCCAUGUCCCUACCUCUAAGGUGAAAGAUACACUAAGUGUUUAUUCACAAGGGAAUUCUGAAUAUAAGGACAUAACAGUGUAGGUUGUCAAGUAUGGGUGGUAUUUUUUUAUGUUCAGAGGAAAUUUAAAAUAACUUGCCAUAUGUAUUUGACACAUAAAGGCAAGAUCAACUUUUCAUGUACUGACCUUGUUCGUAGGUCAAUGUCACAUUCGGGGGCAUUCGUCACAUACUGUGACAGCUCUUGUUUAUUUCUGAAAUGUACUUUCUAGUUCUACACACAUUUUCUUAAUUGUAAAGAAACUGACCAAUUUGUACAUUUCCCUUUUUGUACAACUUUAAAAUGCUGUAAUUGUGAUACAGGUUGCAUUUAGUUUUUUUAUACAUAAAGUCAUGUUUAUUUUAUUUAUUCUCUCAUUAUAUGUUGUGUAUGUAUUUGAAACCGGUAAAUUUUCAUAAAUUACUUUCAACACCCUUUCUUUAACGACCAUUUAUGAUUUAUGUCUAGUCAUUAUUAUCACAAUUAACACAUAUAGAAUAUUUUUGUAUCAAUGUUACAUUUCUGAAGUACUAAAUAAUCACUGUGUUGAUUCAUGCAUUUUGAAAAAUUAACAACGUUUAAAUUUAAUUACACUAUAUUUUGUAAUAAACUGA